AGUAGAAGCUGUUACACAGAUUCUGUAGGCAUGGUAACGACUGUACACAGGCUUGCAAUGAAGUAACUCCAAGAGCAAUUAGCUUGUUCUGAGUUCAGUGCGGUGUAAAGGAGCAAAGACCAGUGCUGUAACGUAAAUUAUAAUUUGGAGAUUUAGCUGUCCACGUCAAACUAAGGGGCCCUUGCGGGCUGACUGCAGCUAAGAUCUUUAAAGACUGCAUCUGAAGAAUGGCUCUAAUCACCGCCCAGGCUCACCACAUUUUUGGGCUCCGCUCAGGGGUUACCAAUAAUAUCUGUUAUGUUGAUGAGCAAACAAUAAUCUUUCCAUCAGGAAACAACUGUGUGAAAUACAACAUUGACCAGAAAUGGCAAAAGUUUAUUCAAGGUUCUGAAAAAAGCUUGGGAAUGCAGGCACUAGCUAUUAGCCCAAAUCACCGCUACCUGGCUGUUGCAGAAAAAGGAUCAGAUAAGGCAACAGUAACUGUUUAUGACUUGCAGAUUAUCCCUAGCAAGAAGCGCAAAGUACUGAGUGUGAGUGACUUCGCUGUGCAAGAGUUUGUCAGCCUUGCUUUCUCACCAGACUCUAGAUAUUUGAUUACACAGACAGGACAGCCCGAGUGGACCCUUGUUUACUGGAUGUGGGACAAGCAAAAGGUGAUGGCAACUGCCAAAACAGGCAGUUCUACCAAUCCUGUCACUCAGGUGAGCUUCAAUCCCCAGGACAACACCCAGCUAUGUGUUACAGGGAAUAAUGUAUUUCGACUUUAUCGUUAUGCUGAGGCUACCCUAAAACAGACCAGCUUUCAGAAGAUGGAGGGACAAAACUUCCUGUGCCAUGCCUGGGUAUCAGAAGAUCAUGUUAUCGCUGGUACUGAAGCUGGCAAGCUCUACCUUUUUGAGUCAGCAGAUGUGCGCUGGGAGAUGAAUUUGAGGCAAGAAUCUUCUCCUCAUGAUACAAGCAGGACUGCUGAACACUCAGAACGUGAGUCACAGCUUACACUUCUGCCUCGUGUCACAGCCCUUGUAACAUAUUCUAAAGGAUUUGCUUGCUCUGCUGGACCUGGGACAGUAAUCCUGUUUGAGAAGACAGAAGAGAAAGAGUUUUAUAGAAAAAAUCGAGAGAUCAGAAUUCCUCAAGACCAGCAUAGCUAUGACCCAGCUCAGUCAGAGUUGCAGGAGAUUACAACACUGUGUGUAAGUCCCUCUGAGGAGACCCUCCUUGCCAGCACAAAUCAGAGCCAGCUAUACAGCAUCAGCUUUUCAUCAGCAGAGAUGGGAAAGGGCGACCAAGCUCACUUUGAGCACCUGACAUAUUCCUUCCAUUCAAAUGCCAUCAUGAGCCUUGAUGUCUGUGUCUGGAAACCACUUGCGGUGACCUGUUCCAUUGAUCGAUCAGUUCGUGUUUGGAAUUAUGAAACAAAUGUUCUUGAACUGUACAAGGAGUUUCAAGAGGAGGCGUAUAGUAUUUCUCUGCACCCAAGUGGCCUGUAUGUUCUUGUGGGCUUCUCUGAUAAACUACGUCUGAUGAAUCUGCUUAUUGAUGACAUCAGAGUCUUCAGGGAAUUCUCUGUGCGAGGGUGCAAAGAGUGCUCCUUCAGUAAUGGUGGUCAUCUGUUUGCAGCUGUGAAUGGGAAUGUCAUUCAUAUUUUCUCAUCUGUUACAUUUGAGAAUGUGACCAACAUGAAAGGGCACAAUGGAAAGAUAAGAGCCAUUGUAUGGACUGGUGAUGACAGUAGGCUAAUCUCCUGUGGAAUGGAUGGAGCAGUGUACGAGUGGAAUGUACUGACCAGCAAAAGAGAAUCUGAAUGUGUUUUGAAAACAUGUGCUUAUACCGGAGUCGCUAUAUCACCAGAUGCUAAGACAUUCUUUGCUGUGGGUUCUGACCAGACUUUGAAGGAGAUCUCUGAUUCCCAGGUUCUUCGUGAGGUUCGGUCUGCAGAUGUUGCCUAUACAGCUGUAGUCAUGGCUCAUUCAGGACGCAUGUUAUUUCUUGGAACAGCUACAGGGACAGUACGAUCUAUAAAGUAUCCACUACCAGUUCAUAAAGAGUAUAAUGAGUAUCAGGCACAUGCAGGACCUGUCACAAAGAUGACUGUGUCAUAUGAUGAUCAAUUCCUUUUGAGUGUAUCAGAAGAUGGCUGCAUGCUCUUCUGGAAAAUUGUUGAUAAAGAAGGAAGAGGAGUCAAAAGAGAGAAAGAAGUAGGGUAUGCAGAGGAAGUACUCAUCACCAAGUCUGACAUGGAGGAAAAGAAUCAAGUGAUGCUAGAGUUAAAGACACGUGUGGAGGAGAUGAAGAUGGAAAAUGAAUACCAGCUAAAAUUGAAAGACAUGAAUUACAAUGAGAAAGUCAAGGAACUAACUGAGAAGUUCAUCCAGGAAAUGGAGUCUCUUAAAACCAAGAACCAGGUUCUAAAAACUGAAAAAGAGAAAGAAGAGGUUAGACAUGAGGAAACCAUGGCUGAGGUGCUGGAGAAGCAUUCCUGUGAAAUGCAGGAUCUAGAAUCUGCCAACAACCAGAAACUGCUGUUGGAGUAUGAGAAGUAUCAAGAAUUACAAGUGAAGUCACAGCACAUGCAGGAGGACUAUGAGAAACAAUUGCAUGAGAGUGAAGAGAGCAAGACUCAAGCCUUGGAAGAGUUGACUGAGUUCUAUGAGGCAAAACUGCAUGAAAAAACAGCCCAGCUAGAGUUGUCUCAGGAUGAACUACGACAACAUCUACGGGAGUUUGAUGAGACAAAGAAGCAAAUAGAAGAGGAUGGAGACCGUGAAAUCCAGGACAUCAAAAUCAAAUAUGAACGUCGGCUACGGGAUGAAAAGGAAUCCAACCUGCGGUUAAAGGGAGAAACUGGAAUUAUGAGAAAAAAGUUCUCUAGCCUGCAGAAGGAAAUUGAAGAGAAGAACAGUGAUAUUGAAAAACUGAAGACUGAACAGCAGAAGCUGCAAGGAAUCAUCAAGUCCCUGGAGAAGGAUAUCAUGGGCUUGAAAAAGGAAAUCCAGGAGAGAGAUGAGACCAUUCAGGAUAAGGAGAAACGUAUUUAUGACCUCAAGAAGAAGAAUCAGGAGCUGGAGAAGUUCAAAUUUGUCUUGGAUUAUAAAAUCAAGGAAUUAAAGAAGCAAAUUGAGCCACGAGAGAAUGAAAUCAAAGAAAUGAAGGAACAGAUACAGGAGAUGGAAGGUGAGCUGGAAAAUUUGCAUAAACAAAACACAAAACUUGAACUGACCAUCACAGAGCUACAGGAGAAACUGAAGGCAACUGAUAGGGAAAUGCACAGAGAGAGACAGAAGGUCCGGGAUGUUGAAGCCCUUGUCAAACGCUUUAAGACAGAUCUUCAUAACUGUGUAGGCUUUAUCCAAGAACCAAAGAAGCUGAAAGAAAGCAUUCGAGAAAUGUUUGAGAAAUACGUACAGCAGUCUGAUGUAGUUGAGAUUGUUGGAGUGGAUGCUGAUAUUCAGCGGGAAUAUGCUCGCCAGCGAGAGCACCUGGAACGAAGUGUGGCAUCUUUGCAUAAGAAGCUACUAAAAGACUCAGAAAUCCAUCGUACAGACAAUGUCCGUAUUAUGCAGGAAAAUGUGACCUUGAUAAAGGAGAUCAAUGACUUAAGAAGGGAACUGAAAGUUUCUCGAACCAAAGUCCAUGACCUUGAAGCAACAUUGCGGCUGAACAGAAAAAACAAACCAGGCAGUCCAGAUCUUGGAGGUUCUAACUCAGAACAAGCUAGUACUUUUGGAGUGACACGGCUGAACUUUGAAGACGAAGCUGAACGAAUCAUUGAAAUGCAGCGGCAGGAAAUCAAACGCCUUCGAGAUCAGCUACAGAAUCAAGAGCAAAGUUAUAGCAUUCGUCCCCCUUCUGGAGGCAAGCUACCUGCACUCACUACAUGAUGCUAAUUUACUUGCAUACAGUUUAUUAUACAAAAUAAAAUAAUUAUGUGCCUUUCUUAGCCUAGCUGCCUUAUUCUGAUAUAACAGUACAUGUGUCUGCAGUCUACUAUACUAGUGUUUUCAGCACUGAAUAAAUGGAAUUUUUCUGGAAA